AGUGUAUAUUUUGGAAUGCCAAUUGUAACUUUCUGCAACUAUAUAAGUAGAAACAAACACAUUAAAAAUGUAUCUCAUUUUUCUGUGCAUUUAAGGUUUUUGGAAGCCUUGGGGCCAAUGGUGGGUUUAAUUUCACAAGAAAUUGAGUCGAAAACUGCCAUCAUCCGGGACCUGGCCCAAAAAGCGGAGAAAGAGCCACUGAAGAAAAUUAAGGAAAGAAAAAGAACGCACCAGCAAAGCGACCCAGUCUUAAUGAUAUCUCAUAACAGCUCGUCAGAUUACUCUGAAAUGAAUCACAGACUCUCAUUUGGUUACACUUCUGUUCGGUCUAUGAUUAAAUGGGAGCUGGAGAAUGGUUUGGUGGACUUCCACAAGCAGACAAACUCGGGCUGCAGGACUCUGUUGCGCUUGCAUCGUGCUCUGCUCUGGCUGCAAAAUUUCCUAUUGGAACUGGGGAAGGACACAACUGAAGAAGAGCAUCUACGAAGCCCUUCUGACCUCUGCAAAGAGACUUACCAGCGCACACUGGCCCACCAUCACACCUGGUGGGUAAGGAAAGCAGCGGAGCUGGCCUUUCUUGCUAUGCCUGAACGACCUUAUUUCUACCUGUUGGUGUGUGUGGAAACGCAGGCAGAAGCUGCUGUGGUGCUGAACAGGAUAGUGAGAGCAAUAGAAGAAGUGUAUGCGAGAAAUGAAGUCGCUCUACAGGAACACGGCAUGCUGGACCUACCCUGAGCGUAGAAAUAAAGAGAGAGAAAAUCAUGGGAGUGGGACCAACCUAGAGAAUAGGGCACUAAAUUAUAAGACUGGAGCUUUGAACCCUUAAGAGAAAAGAAUGAAAACUGCUGGAUAAAUACUUAUCCAUGGCUGCUUUAUUUGGUCUUGCUUAUAUACUCAAAGAAAGAUAAGUUUUCUUAAAGAUUUAGUGACCAGUUUUCUUAAAUUAUUUGAACAAAUUCAUGACAACGGGAAUGGGCCAUUUUUAUUCUUUAUCUGUUUGUAAAAAAAGGUUGCCAAGUAAGAAAAAAAAAUAAAACAAACAUUUCACUCUUAAACUAUUAAAUUCACAAUUACACUAUUACAAUUUUGUUGUUAAAACAACUAAAUAUACAGUAUACUGUUGGUGCUAAUGAAUGACCACUGUCCAAUACUUGAGUACCUUUUGCAUAAAGAGAACACAAUAAACCAUCAACACACAUUUUUAUAGUUAUUAGGCAAUGGAUGAAAAUUAUGAACUGGUAAACAUGCUGUGUUCAGUUCUGUGUUCAGUUUGGAGAAAUUGGAGAAAGCCACACAUUGAUUCUUGUGAAGAUAUUAGCAGUUUUCAGGUUUGAACCAUAAUAGUACUAGUCGAUUGUGAAAGAUGCAUUAAUGCAUGCUCAGCAAAUGGACAGAUUAGUCCAAAGUCCUGUUUUAACAGAAGACCUUUUUUUACAAUCCUUAUGCUUAUCAAAAGCAGUU